AUGAAUCACACCGGCGUAGUUGGGGGAGGUGGAAAGGGAGACGGUCCAGAUAUUGUCGCCUCUAAACCUCCUUUGAGAGAACCAAAAGAUGCCACUCUUUUUCGCUUGGUAAAUGUCAAUGGUGUUCCCAACGCAGGAAGUGGUGAUUCUCUGACUUCUAAUCUCUCAGCUGCAGCAACUUCAUUCGUUCCAUCAUCAUUUUCAAGACCAAAUACUGAGCCUACACUUUUACCUGAGUUGACUUCAUAUAAUUAUGUAAUGUUAGAGUUUGAUCAAAUGAUAGAAAUAUUGAUAUCACAACCUGGUAAUAUGGAAGAGUAUAUGAAGAGAAGUUUAUCACAUUUACUUCCUGUUGAAUCUACUGAUAUAUUAGAUAGUAUGGUACAUAAACUCUAUUUUACGUGUAUAAAUGAACCCAACUUUCGCUAUACAGGAGCUCGAAUAUGUCAGUAUUUUAACUCAAAUGAAAGUUUGAAAUCUCAUCCAGUUUUUAAGAAUUUUAGAACUACUCUGUUAACCAGAUGUAAAAAAGAUUAUGAUGCAAGGGAGAGCCACCUACAAUCCAACAAUGAACAACUAAUACAAGGUUUAGCAAUGUUUAUGUCAGAAUUAUUUCUUAAUUUAGAGGUGAUACAACCUGAUGGAAGAAUGGCGAAAUUUGAUAUUUUAGCUUCAUCAUUAAAAGAUAUUGUAUUAAGUUUAUUAAAUUAUCCCACUGAUAAAAAUAUUAAAUGUUGUGUACAAAUGUUAAAGCUUUCUGGUUCCUCAAUAGAAGACUCACUUAUAAGAAAUGGAAAUUCACUUGAUGAUGUCAUUAACUGUCUUGCUUCCCUUCAGAAUUCAGCCAAUAUAUCAGAAAAUUCUAAGUUUAUGAUAAAAUCGGUUUUAGAUUUACGUUGUAAUAAUUGGGGUCGCAGUGAUUCUGUAUCAUCUGCAGAGAGUUUAUCAACAGAUUUCAAUAAUCUUAGUGUAACAUAUGAGAACGAGCCAAUAUAUUAUGAUGUAAAAGGUCAAGAAAUAAGCCGCAGUGAAGCUGGUUGUCCAGAUGAUAGUUUAGGUUCAGCUGCUUAUCUUUUUAAUGAGGAGGAAGAUGAUUUCCUCAACCAAGCUGAGGCCUAUUUUAACCCUGAUACCUACGCACCAUGGUCUAACGAUAACUUCAUUGGAUCUGAAGAUUUGUCAGGUUCAGAAGAUUACACUGUUACAGAAAUUGUAGAUCAGCAGCUUACAAAUGAGGUUAUUGAUGCUUAUGAAGCGUUUCUUCAAGAAUGCCAGGAUAAAAAAUCAUGA